CAAAAAGUAUUUUUCUAUGCGGUGGUUGAGACUCUUAGACUGGAGUUGCCCUUUAUCUUCUUUCUAAGGCACCUUCUUUUCUUCUUUCUUCCUCACACUCAUGCUGACUCUUUCGGCUGCUUUUCUCCCAGCCAAACUGAGCGAGGGGCUUUGUACCAGUGUUUCUGUCAUUGGCCUAUUGAGAGCCUGCCAGCGUCACUGCCUUUUUCUCUUUGAGGGCCGUGAAAUAUUUAUAUGUCUGCCUUGCUUGUGUGCUUCUGAAAAGUUGCAUAGAAACCAAAGAGCCAAAAAUAAAUAUGAUCUUAAUUGCCCAGGAUAGCAGGCUACACCAGAAACUUGUGGUUAGUUUUGUUGUAAACUAAACAUUUCAUCGUGCUUGUUCUGCUUUGUAAACUCAAGUGUGCAUCUCGAGUCCCAAGUUUCCCUUUGGUUACAGUUUCUUUAAAUAAAUGAAUGCUUUUGAUAUUGUGAUGUAAUAAUAAGAAACAUGCUUUUGGUCUCUGGCCCUGGCUCUGGGCACACAGCUCCUACAACCUUUAGUGCUGAGUGUCUUUUUGUUUGCUAAUGAGGUGACUGUGGCUGGGACUCCAGGACAGCCUCCUGGGGGACUGGUUGCCAGGGCAACCAACCACGUGAUUAGAGGUUGGGACUCCACCCGUGGACCUCUGGGGAGGGGAGGGAGCCCGCAGAGGUGGAGUGGAUCACCAGUGGCCGGUGUUGUGCUCGAUCGUGCCUGUGUAAUGAGGCCUCCACAGACUCCCUCAACGACAGCGUUUGGGGGCUUGCAGGCUGCUGAGCACGGGGAGGUUCCCGGAGGGUGGAGCCCUGGCGAGGGCACAGCAGCUCCGAGCUCCCUGCCCCAUACCUCGCCCUGUGCAUCUCUUCAUCUGUACAGAGCCUUCAUUUUUAUUUUGACAUUUCUGCUGUAUGCAAGUUUUCACUUAUCUCGAAAGCCUAUCAGCAUAGUUAAGGGUGAGCUCCACAAGUACUGCACUGCUUGGGAUGAAGCUGACGUCAGGUUCAGCAGCCAGAACAGGAAGUCUGGGUCCACUGCCCCCCACCAGCUCCCUGACAAUGAGACCGACUGUGGCUGGGCACCGUUUGAUAAGAACAACUAUCAGCAGCUGCUUGGGGCCCUGGACUACUCCUUCCUGUGCGCCUAUGCCGUGGGGAUGUACCUCAGUGGCAUCAUUGGGGAGCGCCUGCCGAUUAGGUAUUACCUAACUUUUGGGAUGCUCGCCAGCGGAGCCUUCACCGCCCUGUUCGGCUUAGGGUAUUUCUACAACAUCCACAGUUUCGGAUUCUACGUGGUAACUCAGGUCAUCAACGGGCUGGUGCAGACCACCGGCUGGCCCAGUGUCGUCACCUGCCUCGGCAACUGGUUUGGAAAAGGAAGGAGAGGUUUGAUUAUGGGGGUCUGGAACUCCCACACCUCCGUGGGCAACAUCUUGGGGUCAUUGAUCGCUGGCUACUGGGUGUCCACAUGCUGGGGCCUGUCUUUCGUCGUGCCUGGAGCCAUCGUGGCAGCCAUGGGGAUAGUGUGCUUUCUCUUCCUCAUUGAACAUCCGAAGGACGUCAGGUGCUCCUCCACCCUGGUGACGCACUCAAAAGGCUAUGAGAAUGGUACAAACAGAUUGAGACUCCAGAAGCAAAUCUUGAAGAGCGAAAAGAACAAGCCUCUGGACCCAGAGAUGCAGUGCCUGCUGCUCUCAGAUGGGAAGGGCUCCAUCCACCCGAACCACGUCGUCAUUCUCCCCGGGGACGGUGGGAGUGGCACAGCCGCCAUCAGCUUCACAGGGGCCUUGAAAAUUCCAGGCGUGAUAGAGUUCUCACUGUGUCUGCUGUUUGCCAAGCUGGUCAGCUAUACUUUCCUCUUCUGGCUGCCCCUGUACAUCACGAAUGUGGAUCACCUUGAUGCCAAAAAAGCGGGGGAGCUCUCCACCCUGUUUGACGUGGGCGGAAUCUUUGGUGGGAUCCUGGCAGGUGUGAUCUCAGACCGACUGGAGAAAAGGGCCUCCACCUGCGGCCUGAUGCUGCUGCUCGCGGCCCCCACGCUCUACAUCUUCUCCACCAUCAGCAAGAUGGGGCUUGAGGCCACCAUCGCCAUGCUGCUGCUCAGCGGAGCCCUGGUCAGUGGGCCCUACGCGCUCAUCACCACCGCCGUCUCCGCCGACCUGGGGACUCAUAAAAGUCUGAAAGGCAAUGCGCACGCCCUCUCCACCGUGACGGCCAUCAUUGACGGGACCGGCUCUGUAGGAGCAGCCCUGGGCCCCCUGCUGGCUGGGCUCCUCUCCCCGUCCGGCUGGAGCAAUGUGUUUUACAUGCUGAUGUUUGCAGAUGCCUGUGCCUUACUGGAAAUUCUAAAACUCAACUUCCCCACCACAUACAAAAUCAAAUACCAACUCUCAACCUAUGAACUUACUAGGUUUAAAUGGCUGUUCUUUGGAUCAUCUGUGGGUUUUUUUAAUGCCUGAAUGUUCUAAUGAAGCCUCCAGAUGGAUUUCCACUAAGUAGCAGUAAAAUUCCUGUCAUUACAACUGUUCAGAGAAUCUGAAAUAUCUUCUUUAGAAAUAUCUGGUAAUAUAUAUUGAAAAUUGUUUUGAUGCUUAGCCAAACGCAUAAGAAAGUAAAAGAACUCCCCAGGAGCCAGAAUUGUAAAGGCAAUAUAAAUACACAAGCUCAGGAAUCAAUGGGUUGGGGUGGUUGUGCCCACACUGGGUAAGAGACAAGGCGUUAGGCUGGCACAAGAUGAGGAUUUGGAACUGGAGACUUCGUCAUAGAGCCUAGAGCCAGGACCCUCGAAGAGCCAUGCUUGCAGUGAAAGAGUAUACUAGAUGAUAUCUGCACACUGGCACAGGAAGACAAUGGGAAUCUGCCCAUCUUAGCCAGAUUAGGGGGAAAAAAUCUCCCUUGAAAAUUUUUAGCCAUAGACCUCCCCACAGUCAGCUUUAAUCUUUGAGCUUAUAUAAAUAUAUUUUAAGUGAGCAAAGUUGGUCCUUAGGCAGUGAUAAUACAGAAGCAAAUAGGGACAAAUCUCAACCCUGCAGCAUAGGAUUUCUGUAGCUAACACCCUACUAAAGAUGAGCUCACAAUCCAAAAUAAUGAAACAUAAGGAAGCAAUCCACAUUGAAUGACAGUAACAGACAUAAAAAAUGGUGGAAUUGGACUCCCCCAAAACUGCAGAUAAAAGAGUUAUGUAAACUAAAAAUAAAUAUAUGCAAUGUUACUAAUGACAUAAAAAAAAGGAACUGACCUCAUGAAAAAAAGAACAAGACACUAUCAAAAAGACAGAGCAGGCUUCAAAAACAACCAAACAGGAGUUAUAGAAAUAAAAAUGUGAUCUUUAGCCUGGAAAAAGACUCAAUGGAUGGGUUAGAAAAGCAAAUUAGAUACCGCUGAAGAGAAGAUUACUGAAGUGAAAUAUAGAUAUGAAGAAAUUAUCCAGAAUUCAGCACAAAGAGACGGAAAAUAUUAGAGAGAAAUUAAAUAUAAAAUGGAGGACCAAAUGAGAUGGCCUAAAGUUAUCUGAAAGUAAUUCCAGAGGAAGAUGAUAGACUGGAUUUGAAGCAAUAUUUUAAGACAAAAUAGCUGAGAAUUUUCCAGAUACAUGAAAGACAAACAUUCUUAGAUUCAGGAAUCAAAUGACUUAGAAUUCUGUACCUAGAUAAACUUGCACACAAGAGUAAGGGUGAAGUGAAAACAUUUUUAACCAAAGAUGCUCCCAGCAAAAAUUGCUAAACAAUGUAUUUAGAGAAGGAAGAUAGAUCCAGAAGGAAAGUCUGAGAUGCAAGGAGAAAUGCAAGCAAAAAAAGUGAUAUUCCUAAGGAUGAAUCUAAAGGAGUACUGACCAUAUAAAAUAGGGGCCAGCUAACUGUGGCCUAUUUUUGUGUGAUCCUCCAGCUGGGAAUGGUUUAUAUUUUUAAAUAUGUCUUUAAAAAAUCAACAAAAGAAUGUGCAACAGAAACCAUAUGGCUGCAAAGCCUGAAAUAUUUACUAUCUAGACCUUUACAGAAAAAGCUUUCUGACUCUUAGUUUAAAACAACAGCAAUAAUGACUAAUUUGGGCAAUAUAAAAAAGAACUGAAAUACUGAAAAUGUAAGGUACAAGUGGGACAAUGAGAGCUCCAGUACACUGCAGUUCUUAUAUUGUCAAGCCUUCAAGGCAAUACAGGGAAAUGAAGACUUAAUCUAAGAGAACCUAGGGUCAGGGGAAGCAUAGAAAAAACAGGGUAAAUACAGAAAAACAGAGCAACAUGGAUGAAAAUGAUCCCAGCAUAACAGCAAUACAGUAACAAUAAAUGGACUAAACUCAUCAGUUAGGAGCACAGAUUGUCAGGUUGCUUUUAAAAAUACAGGCACUGGUUAUUUACAAGAAACACACCUGCUACACUGGAAUUCCGAAAAGACGAAAGUAAAAGAAUGGGAAACUACACGACAGGUAAAUAAUAACCAAAGGAAGCUGGAUUUGCUGCAUUGGAAGAAAGAGACCUAAAGCUGAAGCACUUGGGAGAUGGGGGCUUGUUGCAGUGGAGAAGGAACUGUACCAGGAUGUGCAGCAGGCCCGUGAGCUUGAGUUGGGCUUUUCAAACCUAAGAACUAGACAUACCUUUUUCUCUUCCCUGAUCAACAUGCUUUUUGGUAUCUUUUCACCAAAAUAGACAAGUGUUUCCUCCCAAGUCUGGGGUUGAGAACCUCCAUGAUCUGAGCAGGUGUCCUGGGGAGCCGGAGGGCACCAUGCUUCCUGCCUCACAAACGCACACUGAUGGCCAGCUCUGGGGCCUGCAGGACUGCCUGGCGCACGACCGAAGGCCUCAGGUCUCCAGUGCGUGUCGCCUGGGCUCCUGGAGUUGGUAGGGCCCCUCCUUGUUGGUCAUUCUUGCAUGCGUGAGCCAAACACGUGGGCAUGUUUUGAAAUUGGAUCUCUGUUCUUCAGAACUGUCACCAUUUACAGUUCAUCCCGUACCCACAGAUAACACUUGCUACUACAUUCUUCAUCUUUUUCUCUCUCUUAAUGAUCAGCUUUUCAUAAUCAUAGGCCUCUUCGGGCUAGCACUUUUCGUACAUCACACUUGGCAGGAUGUAGAUGUGGGUAAGGUACCGGCUCAAACACAAUAAGCCUGUGCCGGUAGUUGGAGCUAGAGGUUCAGAUUCACACAGAUGGAUUUAUUUAACAAAAAUCUUGCUAUUGCCACCAGCACUAUUGUUCGUACCUGCCGUGUUCCCACGACUUUUACCACCUAAUUGUCGCAAACACCUUUCAUGCACCAAGCAGAGCAGCUGGAGGCAUCUUAUCUGUAGGAGGGGCCCCUGUUCUCUCCAGCUUGAACUCACCUCAUACAAGGGACUCCUAAGCUCCUACUUGAACCACCAGCACCUAAGAAAAUAGAAGAGUUUCUGCCUUCUAGAGCUCUGGCCUGAGGCUUGGGGUGGGGCCAUGUGUUUGGUUUUUAAGUAGCCCCUCGAGACCCUCCAGCACCCCUUCCCUGCCUCCCCUGGACCCGUGAUCCACCCUGGGUCUGAGGGCAUCUGCUGCCCUCUAAGAACGAGGGGCCACGUCCAGGGAGAGCCCUCCCAUGGGCUGAUGUCACACUUGGGGAGAGACUGGAUCCACACUGGAAAAUGCACUAGUUAAAUUGGAGGUAGCACAAUCAUUUGUCUGGAUUUGCAGGUGGCGUUGAGCCCUCGAACAUGUGAAGGGCACGGAGUUAAAGCUCUGGGUCCGGCGAGGAGCCAAGGCUGAGGCAGUGAUGCUGGUGGAAAGCCCUGGGCCCCGGCCAGGCCUGGCCUCCAAGGGGCUCCCAGUGGGGUACGGCUGUCCUGUGACGGCCUCUUCAGACCCCAGGGCUGGCGCCAGAGGAGGUGCUCACCUGACUUUAGAGUCACCUGAGAAGCUCGCAGGGCCACCCACUGGGCCACCCGCAUUAUGGUCCUCUUGUCUUUAUUUCCUUUUUCCCACUGUGGACAUUUCAUGAUUGGAUUAAUUUUAGUCUAAACGUGACUUGAACCCAGAAGUAGUUCAGGCUGCAUCUCUCCCAAAAGCCUUGUUUUCAGGGCAGCUCCUGGUUCUUCGUGGACCCUCAUCAGACAGCCCUGCCCACAUCAGACAGCCCUGCCCACAUCAGACAGCCCUGCCCACAGGAGCCCAGGCCUCCGGCUGAGCAUGCAGGCCCCGCUGCUCUUGCAGGGAGGCCACCCCAGGGAAGGUGCUGUGGGGAGAGAGCCACCCGCCCAGGCCUUGCGGGCCAGGUCCUCAUGGUGCCCACGGCGUGGGCCGCCCUGUGCCUGCUCCAGUAACAGGUGGGCUCACCUUUGUUUUG